AUGAUGAUGAUUUACUCGAUAUUUCUAUUCGUUUUUAUUUUAAUCUAUCAUUUAAAUAUAAAUUUUGCUCAGAAUCCGAUUGCAGAAACACAGGUUGAUGUAAGAUCGAAAUUAGAAAGGCAAAAUACAACAAAUAUUCUUUGGCGUGAUGAUUCAAUAACAACUUUUUCAUCAUAUUCUCGAGCAAAUUUAUAUUAUGUCACAAGCACUAGAACAUAUCGGCCAUUGGCACCUGCAACAACUACAGAUGCUUUCCAUUUAAUUGAUUCUGAUUGUUUCUGUUCAUAUGAUCAAACAAUAAAUUUAUUAUCAUGUUCACCAUACUUAAAAGAUUCAUUUUCAUAUCCACUUCCUUAUAUAAAUACGCCUACUAUUAAUGUAACAUUAACUAGUUGUAAAUUUUUCUCUAAGCAUUUAAAUCUUCCAUUAAUUAAUGGAAGAAAUAUUGAUUAUUUACGAUUAGAUGAUGUUAAUCAUAAAGAUUAUCUUGUUAUUGAUAGAACAUCAUUUUCAUCAUAUAGAAUAAAUCAUAUAUAUAUAUUAUGUGGUUAUACUCAACCAAUAACAAUAUUAUUAAUAUCAAAUGAAACAUUUUUAUCACCAUUUAUAAAUUUAUCAUUACGUACACUUUAUAUUGAUUCAUGUUAUCUUGUAACAUUAAAUAAUACAUUGAAUAGAUUAUCAUAUCUUGAAUCAAUUACAUUAAAUAAUAUUGAAAAAUUUUCUUGGCAUGAUUUUCAACAAGAAAUAAUAUAUUUACCAAAUUUACGUUAUAUUUAUAUUGGUGAAGAAAUUUCUUCAACAAAAAAUAAUAUUUUUAAUGUAUUAUCUUGUCAAGAUAUAUUACCUCAAUGGAUAUUAACUUAUCAUUUAAUACAAACAUGUAGUUGUAAAUUAAUUUCAUUUUUAACAACAAUUCAACAUUAUAAUAAUAUAUCUAAAUGUCCAAAUUCUGAUAAUCGCAUUGAAUAUAUUAAGGAUAUUUGUCUAUUUAAUGGAAAAAAAUAUCAAAUACAAAAUAGACCAAAUUUAUUUUGUAAUAAAUGCUUAUCUUAUCGAUGUUCUAAUCAAACAUUAUGUACAGAAGCAUACGAUUCAGAACCGAAUUGUUUAUUAUUAUCAGGACAUUAUUAUGAUACUAUUCGUACUCGUAUACCAAUAACAUCCUAUACAAAACAAUUUCUUCUUCAAGAAAGCCAAGAAGAUCAAAAUAUAAAUUUAAAUACAACUCUAGAUUCCAAUGGAUUUUCUUCAGUUGCAACAGUGUUAAUUAAUUCAAAUCGAAAUUCUACAGAAUGUUCUUCAAAUGAUUCAAAAAUAUUUCAUGAAACAUUUGCUGAAAUGCUUGAUCGACCAUGGGCACCAGAAGUUUAUACAUUACAACAACCAAUAACAAUAUCAUCAAUACAACCACCAUCAUCAACACAACAAACAAUUUGGCAAGAAUUAUUAAUUUCUCUAGAUAGAUCAGUUCAACAUAUCAAUGACAGUGAACCAAAAUUUGAAUUUCAAAGUAAACCAAUAUCAACAAUGAGUCUACAUUUUUCAACAGCACAGCAACCACAAGAAAUAUUUGGUUGGCAAAUAACGAAUGAUAAUAUAAUAACAGCAAAUAUUACAAAUAUUCAAUCAAUUGAUAAAAAUGUUACAUCACGUGUUUUUCUUAAAUUUAAUACUAAUAAACCAUAUAAAUUCAAUUGCAAUAUAUCAAAUUCAUUCAAUAAUUGUACAAAUCGUUAUUCAAUAACAUCAAUUAAAUCUCAAAAAUUAUUUUAUAAAACAGAUCGAAUUCCUGAAUAUGAUGUUAUUUCAAUAACAGCACCUAAUCAAAAUCAAAAUGUUACAUUUUAUUUUGAUCAAAAAAUUUCAUCAAUUGAUACAUUUGAAUAUUCAAUAAAUAUAACAAAUUCAACAACAAUAGAUACAUUUUAUGAUCAACUUGAUUUUAUGAUUUUAGAAGGUAGUUGCAUGUAUUUAAAUACAACUAGUAUGAUAUGGCAAACUGAUGGAUGUUUUACACAUCGUCAAUUAUCAAAUAGUACAUCAGUAAUAUGUACAUGUCAACAUUUAACAAUGUUUACAGUAUUUUUUUCAUUAACAUGUGCAAAUCCAUCAAAAACAGUUGAAAUUUUUAGUUGGAUUGGAUGUGGUCUUUCAAUUAUUGGCCUUUCUAUAACACUUCUUAUGUUUAUUGCUAUGAGUAUAAGUCGAGGAACAGAAAAUUCUAGUCAUGGACUAUCAUCAUCAAAUACUAGUUCAAGUCAAGAAAUACGACGAAGAAUUGUGAAUAAACCACGUCAUUUGUCUAUAGUAAAAUCAAUGUUAUUUAUUUUAUGUAUUUUAUUAAUUCUAAUGAAUAUUCUUAUAUUUAUUCUUACAUUUGUUAAAUCCAAUCAAAAUCUUAGUUGUAAAAUAUUAUCAGCAUUACUUUAUUAUUUUACAUUAUCAGCUUUUAUAUGGAAACUUUUAUUUGCUUUACAACAAAGUUUAUUUCUAACAAAUACGUUUCAACCACAAUGGUCUAAUCGAACAUUAUUUACCAUUUAUUUAAUAUUAACUUUUACAAUACCUAUUUGUCCAUUAUUAGUUAUGUUUGUUAAAUAUAAAAAUUCAACAUUUAUAUCAUCACAAUGUAAUUAUUGUUGGUUAACACGUGAAUUUCUCUUAUAUGGAUUAAUUAUACCAAUAUUAAUAAUUAUUUGUUUAAAUAUAAUCCUUUAUUUAUAUACAAUGAUUUAUUUAUGUAUGACAAAUCGUCAACAUAAAGGUUUACGUUCAACAAAAUCAGAACAUUCACGACGUAUACAAAAUUUUAAAAUUGGACUUUUUUUUGCUAUUAUUAUGGGUUUUAGUUGGAUAUUUGGUUUUCUUGUUCUUAUACCAAAUACAUAUGUACAAUUAUUUGGAAAUAUUUUAUUUUGUGUUAUUAAUUCAUUUCAAGGUUUUGCUUUUUCUAUAAUGGUUUUUUUUAUGAUUAAACGAAAAUCAUUUCUUCGUUGUUGUUGUUUUUGGAAAAAUCAAAAUCAAAUAAAAACAACCAUGAUUUCACAAAGUAUUAUACUUCAAGAAUCAUUACCAACAUCAAAUGAUAAUGGUAAUAUUAAAAUAAAAUCAAUACAUAAUUCAUCAAUUCAUACAUCAUCAACAAUAUCCGGUGGUGAUACUAAUACUCAUGAUAUAUUUGAUCAUUAUCGUCAUCACAAAUUACCAACAGAAAAAGAAACAAAUGAAGACGAACAUAUUGAUAGUUUACCAACACUUUGA